AUGCCCGAGCUCUCAGACAAAGUUCCCAUUGCCCUGCUGGGGCCCGACGAGGUCGAGUUUUGCAGUCCACCGGCCUACGCCACUGUGACAGUGAAGCCCUCCAGCCCAGCGCGGCUGCUCAAGGUUGGGGCCGUGGUCCUCAUCUCUGGGGCGAUGCUGCUGCUCUUCGGGGCCAUCGGGGCCUUCUACUUCUGGAAAGGGAGCGACAACCAUAUUUACAACGUCCAUUACACCAUGAGUAUCAAUGGGAAAUUACAGGAUGGGUCAAUGGAAAUAGAUGCUAGGAACAACUUGGAGACCUUUAAGAUGGGAAGUGGAGCUGAAGAAGCCAUUGAAGUUAAUGAUUUCCAGAAUGGCAUCACAGGGAUCUACUUCGCCGGCGGAGAGAAGUGCUACAUCAAAGCACAGGUGAAGGCUCGCAUUCCCGAGGUGGGCACCGCGGCCCAGCAGAGCAUCUCUUCUGAGCUGGAGGGCAGGAUCAUGCCAGUUAAACACGAGCAGGACUCCCUCAUCUGGGUGGCCAUGGGACAGCCUGUGCAGGACAGCAGCUUCUUGAGCUCUAAGGUUUUGGAGCUCUGUGGCGACCUUCCGAUUUUCUGGCUGAGACCAACAUACCCAAAAGGUAACUUUGCAGAAAUCCGGAGGGAAAGAAGAGAGGUGGUCAGCAAAGCUGUCCCCACCACCACAAGGCGGCCGCGCGGUGGCCUGCGGGGCCACCCGGGCCCGGGAGGAGUGAACAACGGCAGCCACCCCGGCGCUCAGGACGCGGAGCCCUUCAACCCCGACAACCCGUACCACCAGCAAGAAGGGGAAAGCAUGACAUUCGACCCCCGACUGGAUCAUGAAGGAAUCUGCUGUAUAGAAUGCAGGCGGAGUUACACCCACUGCCAGAAGAUCUGUGAGCCCCUGGGGGGCUACUACCCAUGGCCCUAUAAUUACCAAGGCUGCCGCUCAGCCUGCAGAGUUGUCAUGCCCUGUAGUUGGUGGGUAGCCCGGAUCUUGGGCAUGGUGUAA